ACCCAUUCCGUAUCUCUCGUGGACAAUAAAUUCGACUGACGAUAAAACUGGGGAAAGUGUUGAAUUGGCGAAACGUGUACAGCUCCCCCUAAUACUGGCUUGGGCGAUAAGUAUUCACAAAAGCCAAGGUCAAUCAUUGGAACGGGUCAAAGUCGAUCUUGAUCGGAUAUUUGAAAGAGGGCAAGCGUAUGUGGCUCUUUCGCGGGCGAGGACUAUGGAUUAUCUUCAAGUGUUAAACUUUUCUCGUGAUAAAGUAAUGGCCGAUGAAAAGGUGUUAAAUUUUUAUAGGACUCUGGAGACUGCCAAGACAACCAGUAUCAAAGGAACAACAUGUUAG